CAAAAUGUAAACAUUGAUGGUUUUUUUCAUCGGAAAUUUGCAUCUCGGAGUGAAUUUUGUGGAGUUGGCCGUAAAAACGGAAGAUUCUCAUUACAGCUAACUUGCUUAUUCGCCUUACAAUUGCGCAGAACUGGACGGCGACAAAUUGGACCAAUUGAACGCUGCGAAAACUUUGAUGCUGUCGCCGGAAAGCCGAAUCGUGCACUAUAAUUGGCGGAACUAAAUCGGCUCUCUUUCGCAUAAAUGUACUUGAGACUGAUCGAUCUGGAGAAUAUGCACUUCAGGCGUAACAAGACGACGUUGCACUUAAGCUUAUCCACGGUUAGCACCAGAGAGUCGAAAAUUCAGCUUCGUCUAUCGCCAUUGGCCGGAGUUUUUUUUCUGCUGUAUUGGAUUGAAGUAAUCAGCAAGGGCCAGAGCGAAACAGCCCGGUACCGGUUCCUGGCCCGUACCGGGGGUUACGCCUGGGUCGUGACGCAGGCCACGCUCAUCUACGAUAAGCAAAAGCCCCACAGCAUCGUGUGCGUCAACUACGUCAUCAGUGGUGUGGAGAACAAAGAUGAAAUUUACUCGUGUGCUCAACUGGAAGCACGUUCAGCUACGGAACCAGCUUCAUCAGCAGCAGAACCAUCAGUAGCUGAACCAGUUAAGAAGACUAGCAGUGUUACAAAAGUGCUCGCAGAAAACGUCAACCGCUGUAACAGCGGCGGUGACCAAACUCCGGAAGCCAAACCCGAAGCGGUUGUUGUUAUCGUUCCAGUUGGCAAGGAAAAUCCAAAACCAGAACCGGAAGUUGUUAAAGUGCAAGGACCACCACCACCUCAACCCUUGUCGAAUUCGGUUAUUGCUAGUGCAAACAAGCCAACGACCAACAAAGUGUCACGUCCGGUGUCGGUGACGGCUUCGAUCUUUAGCAGUGCAGCGGCCAAGAAAGAUACACCGAAGCCGGUGGUUGGACCGCAAUCGGUCACAGCGAAGCUGUUUGUGACCCUUAACCCUACGCAGCAACCGACAGCUGCCGGGGGUUGUAAUAAACCGAAACACGCCACCGAAAAGAUCUUCGCACCGCGGACAGAAGAUAUGAACAAGGGAUUCCUGAUGUUCUCGGAAGAGGAGCCCGGAUUGACAAUGCUAAAGGAUGAACCGGACGACCUGACUCAUCUGGCUCCCACGGCAGGCGAUACGUGCAUCCCACUGGAAGAAACGGGUCCCUUUUUCAACGACGUCUUCGACGACUUUAUGAUCCCCGAAAGCUACACCUCACUGCUUCAGGACGAACUAAACUCGCUGGACAGUGCCGACCAGCGGCUCAGUAUAUCCGUGUCCUCGGUAGCCUCUCCGAUCACGAUCAACGGAACCACGAUCAGUACGAUCAGCCAUCAAACCGCAAGCCAUAGCUCCCUCUCGUCGUCAUCCGCUUCGUCGAUCACGUCCUGUUCGCCAUCGUCCUGCUCCGUGGCAAGCCCCUCGUCACUAUCCUCGUCGUCGACCGCGACCAACGGAACCUCGUCCGGAAUCAGCAGUUCGGGCAUCGGAUCGGGCACGUCCUCGACGACGUCCAACAGCUCCAAUCACAACAACAACAGUCAGUCCAGUGGUGCCAGCAGCAAUGAUCCGUUCAUCAACUACCGCGACGAGAUCAGCGAAAUCAGCCACUCACCGCAUUUACUGUCACCCGGACUGUCAAAGAGCCCCGAGGGAAGCAGUAUACCGUCGCUGUGCAGUCCAAACGGUUCCGGCGGCUGUCCGGAGGAUGAGCUUGCAUUUAUGACCCUCAACAUGGACGACGAUUUGGACCUGUCGAUGCGCGCCCCGUACAUAUCGAUGAGCGAAGUGGACGACCUGCCACUGCUCACGUCCGACGACCUGAUGUGGGGAGCCGCCCCCGUUUCGAUCGUCGAAGGCUCCUCCGCCAAGUAUCACCUCAAGGACGAGUUCGGCCACCAGCAGCAACAGGACUCGACGACGGCCAAGUCACAGGUCACGACGGUCAACGUCGUAGCCCACCGGGCAGACCAACAGCAACAGACCACCAAUAGCAAUACUAGCAAUAACCACAAUAUCGAAAACAACUGCAAUAUCGGCAACAAAAUCAUCGACUCCAGUCUGGCAGCACUACUGUGCGGCAACGUUAUCAACAUACAGACCUCGACGAUCCAGCUGCAGCCGGCGUCGCAUCAACAGCAACAACAGCAGCAGCAAAAUUGUAGCCGGCAACAGAUACUGAUCCAGCAGGCCCAAGAUUCGAUCAUUGCCGCUGACGUACAGCAACAGUUGCAACAGCAGCAGCGGGAAAUUUUGGGCGACAAAAAGAUCAGUUUGGUGCACCACCCGAUGGUGGUCAUUUCGAAUGGUUACAAAAACAGUUCAAAUGCAGCAACACCCAACACGAUCGAAGCAUGGGCGAUGGGAAAUGAGCUGCUGCUGAAUGGCGUGAGCCAGAACAACUCAUCAACGACGACGGCGUCAACGACGAGCACCUCGUCCAACUCAACCGGAAGCAAGCUGAACGUGAUCGUGUCGAAGAAGAGUGCCAGCGGAAGCAGUAGCGGUAGCAGUUCUACGAAACGUUCGUUGGCAUCUUCCGAGACCGAUGGCACCAGUAAACGGGUCAAAUCUAGUGGUUCCGGCGCGGUUCAGCACUCCUCGUCGACGACGUCCUCGCCGCAGCUGUUGCAGCAGUUGAUGGCACCGUCACCGGUGCCGGCCAAGGCCAAAGCCAAGUCCAAGCUGGACCAGUCGGAUCGGUGGCCCACCGGAGCAGCGGGAGUGGGUUCGGGCAAACAGGCCGACCAGGUGUCCAACUCGGUUCUGAUGAACCUGCUCGUGAGCGGAUGUGACACAAACAUUCCCAAAUCGCCGCCGGAAAUUCUGAUCGCAGAUGACAACUCGUGCCAAGAAAUCAUGCUGAAACGUGAUGAGCUAACCGACGAGGAGAACGAAGACCGUGUCUUGCAGGCAAAUCCAAUGCUAGCCGCCGACGUCCCCUUGACCGUCCGCACGGACUCGCCUCCCCUCACCCAGAGCCUUUCAUCCCCACCGUCGUCCCAAGGGGAUGACUUCCUGAUGACCGUAUCGCCGAGUCUGCUGACGGCGUCCGAUCUGGAGCUGUGGCGUGCCAUCCAGCAGCACGGGCUGGAUCCGAAAACGAUUCGUCCUCCGGUGAGUCCGGGUGAUUCGGCGGCAAGCAACCUGCUGGCCGUGCUGGAUCCGGCCAUGGCCAUCAGCCGGCUGCGCAACGUGGACGACGACGACGAGCAGGACUUUGAGAUGACCAUACCGGUCAAUGAGAUAUUGCAGAAUAAUCUCAUUUGAUUGUGUGACACGUUUUAAGUUGAUUUCUUCUUUUAUUUUUAUAUCAUAACAAAACAACUAAAUAUAUUUUUCAAGCAACACAUAUAAAACUUUGACAUAAUUUAAGCGAAAUUUCUCGAAACUAACAAGCACAGCGAUGAGUAAAUGAUUGAUUUAUUUUUUUUAGUAAAUUUUAACACAUUUCUCGAUCAUUUCUGACAGGCGAAAAUCACAUCUUCACAGCGAAAAAAAAAGAAGUUGAUCAAAUGCUCAGAAACUUGAUACAAAAAGUAUACUUUUCUUUCUAAAACAAAACAAAACAACACAAAAAGCGUACGCGUGAUAAUAAAGAAUGGUCGAGUAGAGUCUUUUAGUGGUUAAGUAACUGUUAAAUCAUAUUGUUUUUUCAAGAUAGUUUAAUUUGUGUUGUUCAUGGUACUCCAGAGUAGAUUUUAGCGAUUAAUUUGUGUGUUUGUGUGCUUAGUUUAGUGCGUUCCACAAGUUUACAGCAAUAGUUUCACAUUUGUUUAAUUUGGGUGUCGGUUCAAUUCUACAAAAUUUCUCUUUUGUAACGUAGUAACAAUAAAAAACAGAAAGAAAAUUAGAGAUAUACAAGAUAACACGAAGGUAUGGCCAACAAAUCUCAUUCACGGCCGGUCAGCUGUACAAACGUGCACAAUUUGAAGAAAGA